AUGUCACAAUCAGUUGAAGAUCCAUAUCAAUAUGAUGAUGAUCAAUCUAUCACUCCUGAAGAUUGUUGGUUGGUUAUUUCAUCAUUCUUCCAAGAGAAAGGGUUAGUAUCACAACAACUUGAUUCAUUUGAUGAAUUUAUUGAAACUACCAUUCAAGAAUUAGUUUGGGAAGAUUCUCAUUUAGUUUUAGAUCAACCAGCUCAACAUACCUCAGAACAUGAUAAUGAAAAUAAACGUUAUGAAAUUGAAUUUGGAAAAAUUUAUAUAUCUAAACCAACACAAACUGAAGGUGAUGGUACAACUCAUCCAAUGUUCCCUCAAGAAGCUAGAUUAAGAAAUUUAACAUAUUCAUCACCUUUAUAUGUUGAUAUGACUAAAAGAGUUUUCAAAUCGGAUGAUUCAGAACGUAUAGAUAAUGAAUUAGAUUGGAAAGAAGAACAUUUAGAUGAAAAUCCUGAUACUAAAGUUUAUCUUGGUAAAGUACCAAUUAUGUUAAGAUCUAAAUUUUGUAUGUUAAAAGAUUUAGCCGAACAUGAAUUUUAUGAAUUAAAAGAAUGUCCUUAUGAUAUGGGAGGUUAUUUCAUUAUUAAUGGUUCAGAAAAAGUUUUAAUUGCCCAAGAAAGAUCUGCUGCUAAUAUUGUUCAAGUAUUUAAGAAAGCUGCUCCUUCACCAAUUAGUCAUAUUGCUGAAAUUAGAUCAGCUUUAGAAAAAGGUUCAAGAUUAAUCAGUUCAUUACAAAUCAAAUUGUAUGGUAGAGAUGAUAAAGGUUCAAGUGGUAGAACUAUUAAAGCUACUUUACCUUAUAUUAAAGAAGAUAUUCCAAUAGUUAUUGUAUUCAGAGCUUUAGGUAUUGUCCCUGAUGGUGAUAUUUUGGAACAUAUAUGUUAUGAUGCUAAUGAUUGGCAAAUGUUGGAAAUGUUAAAACCUUGUGUUGAAGAAGGUUUCGUUAUUCAAGAACAAGAAGUUGCCUUGGAUUUCAUUGGUAGAAGAGGGGUUUUAGGUAUUAGAAGGGAAAAACGUAUUCAAUAUGCUAGAGAUAUUUUAACUAAAGAAUUAUUACCAAAUAUUACUCAAGAUGAAGGUUAUUCAACAAGAAAAGCUUUCUUCUUAGGUUAUAUGGUUAAUAGAUUAUUAUUAUGUGCAUUAGAAAGAAAAGAACCUGAUGAUAGAGAUCAUUUUGGUAAGAAAAGAUUGGAUUUAGCUGGUCCUUUAUUAGCUAAUUUAUUCCGUAUAUUAUUUAAAAAAUUAACAAGAGACAUUUAUACUUAUAUGCAAAGAUGUGUUGAAAAUGAUAAAGAAUUCAAUUUAACUUUAGCUGUUAAAUCACAAACAAUUACUGAUGGGUUACGUUAUUCUUUAGCUACAGGUAAUUGGGGUGAACAAAAGAAAGCUAUGAGUUCAAGAGCUGGGGUUUCACAAGUUUUAAAUCGUUAUACUUAUUCUUCAACUUUAUCACAUUUAAGAAGAACUAAUACUCCAAUUGGUAGAGAUGGUAAAUUAGCUAAACCAAGACAAUUACAUAAUACUCAUUGGGGUCUUGUAUGUCCUGCUGAAACUCCUGAAGGUCAAGCUUGUGGUUUAGUUAAAAAUCUUUCAUUAAUGUCAUGUAUUUCCGUUGGUACUGGAUCAGAACCAAUUCAAGUAUUCUUGGAAGAAUGGGGUAUGACUUCAUUAGAUGAUUUCUCCCCUACCAAUUCUCCUGAUGCUACCAGAGUAUUCUUAAAUGGGGUUUGGGUAGGUACUCAUGAUGAUCCAGCAGUUUUAGUUGAUACUAUACGUUCAUUAAGAAGAAAAGGGGAUAUUUCUCCAGAAGUUUCUAUUAUUAGAGAUAUCAGAGAAAGAGAAUUUAAAAUUUUCACUGAUGCUGGUAGAGUUUAUCGUCCAUUAUUUGUGGUUGAUGAUGAUCCAGAUAGUGCAACUAAAGGAGAAUUAAAAUUAACUAAAGAUCAUAUUCAUAGAUUAGUUGAAUCAGAAUAUAAUGAUGGAUAUGUUGAUGAAGAUGAUGAAAAUUCAGAAGGACCAUUUGGUUGGUCAUCUUUAGUUAAUGAAGGUGUUAUUGAAUAUGUUGAUGCUGAAGAAGAAGAAACUAUCAUGAUUGCUAUGACCCCAGAAGAUUUAGAAGCUAGUAGAAAUAAUUUAACUCAAUCUGAACAAAAACAAUUACAAAUGGAAGAACAAGAAAUUGAUCCAGCUAAAAGAAUUAAACCAACAUUUGCUAAUAGUUUACAUACCUACACUCAUUGUGAAAUCCAUCCUUCAAUGAUUUUAGGGGUUGCUGCAUCAAUUAUUCCAUUCCCUGAUCAUAAUCAAUCACCUCGUAAUACUUAUCAAUCAGCUAUGGGUAAACAAGCUAUGGGAGUAUUCUUAACUAAUUAUUCAGUUAGAAUGGAUACUAUGGCUAAUAUUUUAUAUUAUCCACAAAAACCUUUAGCUACUACUAGAUCAAUGGAAUAUCUUAAAUUCCGUGAAUUACCUGCUGGUCAGAAUGCUAUUGUUGCUAUUGCAUGUUAUUCAGGUUAUAAUCAAGAAGAUUCUAUGAUUAUGAAUCAAUCAUCAAUUGAUAGAGGAUUAUUCAGAUCAUUAUUCUUUAGAUCUUAUAUGGAUUUAGAGAAAAGACAAGGUAUGAAAGCUUUAGAAACUUUUGAAAAACCUUCAAGAUCUGAUACUUUAAGAUUAAAACAUGGAACUUAUGAAAAAUUAGAUGAUGAUGGAUUAAUUACUCCUGGAGUUAGAGUUAGUGGUGAAGAUAUUAUUAUUGGUAAAACUACUCCAAUUCCUCCUGAUGCUGAAGAAUUAGGUCAAAGAACUCAAUAUCAUACUAGAAGAGAUGCUUCAACACCUUUAAGAAGUACAGAAUCUGGUAUUGUUGAUCAAGUUUUAUUAACAACUAAUGGAGAUGGAGCUAAAUUCGUUAAAGUUAGAAUGAGAACUACUAAAGUUCCACAAAUUGGUGAUAAAUUUGCUUCAAGACAUGGUCAAAAAGGUACUGUUGGUAUUACUUAUAGACAUGAAGAUAUGCCAUUUACAGCUCAAGGUAUUGUACCUGAUUUAAUCAUUAAUCCCCAUGCUAUUCCAUCUCGUAUGACAGUUGCUCAUUUAAUUGAAUGUUUAUUAUCAAAAGUUUCAUCAUUAUCAGGUUUAGAAGGUGAUGCUUCACCAUUUACUGAUGUUACAGCAGAAGAAGUCUCUAAAUUAUUAAGACAACAUGGUUAUCAAUCAAGAGGUUUCGAAGUUAUGUAUAAUGGUCAUACAGGUAAAAAAUUAAUGGCUCAAGUUUUCUUUGGUCCAACAUAUUAUCAAAGAUUAAGACAUAUGGUUGAUGAUAAGAUUCAUGCCAGAGCAAGAGGUCCAGUUCAAAUCUUAACAAGACAACCAGUUGAAGGUAGAUCAAGAGAUGGUGGGUUACGUUUCGGAGAAAUGGAAAGAGAUUGUAUGAUUGCUCAUGGUGCUGCUGGAUUCUUAAAAGAAAGAUUAAUGGAAGCUUCUGAUGCUUUCAGAGUUCAUGUAUGUGGAAUUUGUGGAUUAAUGUCAGUUAUUGCCAACUUAAAGAAGAAUCAAUUCGAAUGUCGUUCAUGUAAAAAUAAAACUAACAUUUAUCAAAUUCAUAUUCCAUAUGCCGCUAAAUUAUUAUUCCAAGAAUUAAUGGCAAUGAACAUUACCCCAAGAUUAUAUACUGAAAGAUCAGGUGUAUCUGUUCGUGUAUAA